UCCUUUGCAGCAAAAAAAAGGCUGAAGUCGAAACUUGAGGUCAUCUGCUCCACUAGUUAACAUUGAAGAUUUGUACGAAGUUUCUACUUCUGCAGUCUCCUCCAUUUCUUCUAUGCUCAAAACCUUAUAUCCACACUUUCCUCUCUCACAUCGGGGUUAGUCGGUUGCAGUGCAUGAUAUCGAAAAGGUUGAUCUUAUUGUAUGAUAUUAUCAAGAAGAAAAUGAUGAGAUUAUAAGAAACAUGAUGAAUGAAAGUUCAAGUAAAGUUCAGCAAGGCAAUCAACAAGAGGGCGAGAACAUUAAAAUUGAAAAGUUGUCAAAGGCAGCCUCCACCUCAAGAUCAUGGUCAGCAUUCAGAAACCCAAGAAUUGUACGAGUGUCUCGUUCUUUGGGAGGAAAAGAUAGGCACAGCAAGGUUUGCACCAUUAGGGGACUGAGGGACCGAAGGAUUAGACUGUCUGUGCCAACAGCAAUUCAGUUAUAUGAUCUUCAAGACAAGCUUGGACUGAACCAACCUAGCAAGGUGGUAGAUUGGUUGCUUGAAGUCACCAAAUCUGAUAUUGAUAAACUCCCACCACUUCAAUUUCCUCACUGUUUUGCUCAGUUUCACCAACAAACUCCACUGUCAGGUACCUCUCAGUUCUCUCUUGGAAGCUUGUAUGAUGGUGUUAAUUCCUCUUUUUUAAAGGAUGGGGGAAACCAAAACCUCAUGACAAAGUCAACAAGGUAUUGGGAUUUAGAUUCUCAAAACCGUACGGAGUUAGCUGAAAGUGUCUCAACCUCCCAGAAGGGCAAGUUCUGGAUCAAACCAAAUGAACUAGAAAAUCAUCAAAAUGGAAUUGUUGGUGUUAGUACUCGCAAUAGAGAAGAAUCUUCAGCUCAUUGUAAGGUCUUCCCCCUUGGGACUAAUAGCUCUUAUUUACCUGGUUUGUCAAACAAUGCCAUCACACAUAACUCCUACCAUCAUUCUGAACCUUCAACUCUAUCUUUAUCCCACCUUGGAAGCCAUGAAUUAUUUCCUUCCCAUCCAAGCAGUGGCAGUAGUGUGCAAUUUUCAUCUUCUAAUUUCUGUGGAGCAUCUGGUCCCCAAUUACUUUUUUGUCCACCUUCUGCUACACCAUCUGCUUUUUACUCGGUGGAAAGCGAUCCAAGACAAUCCAACAGUGUUCAGAUCUUUAGCUCAAGUUCCCAAGUCAUGAUGCCUCAUCCUCUCAUCCAAUCUAUUCAUUCCACCACUUCACCUCUUAGACGCCUUCCAACAUCUUUAAGUUCCAAGCUUUUUGAUUCAGAUAAUAGCGAUCGUAGCCAACAAGGUAAGGGCAGUACUCGUUCUUGAAGCUCCUCAUCAUCUCCCUUUCUGUCGCAAACGAUGUCAACAACGCAAGCAAGAUAUAAGGGUACGUAGUAUCCUUCCAGGAUAUUCUUCAUAUCAGUGUUCAACAGCUAAAGCACAUGAAUUAAAUUUUCGCACUCAGCCGUGAGUCUUAAUUUUGUAAGUAUGGCAAUGCUGGCUAUACAUAUACAAUAUUUAUAUUUGAAUUGAACUUUGUGGUUGCAACCUUUAGAUACCUUGUUGAUUUGAUUAAUCAUUAUGAAUACGAGGUAUAAUAAAAUAUUCUGAAUUAGUGCUCAUGUGCUUAUGUGUUAGAUCUUUCAUAUGAAUUUGUUGGAAUGAUUUAAUUUAAUAGUUUAAACUCUUAAAUAACCGAGUGGGACGCGUUCGAUCAUUUUCAUUAUAGGUAGACUCUUGUUAACUAGACUUCAAGUCCAAAUAGUUCUAGUGUUUUCGUUUAAACUUGAAUUAUUUUUUGGUUCGUGACACCAUAUACACAACCUUGAGUCAUGUAUAUUAAAUGGUUUAACUUUGGACAAAAUAAUCAUAAUGUAAAUAUUUUAUCAAAACAAGGUAACCCCAAAACUGAUCAGCCUCAAAUGUUUUCUUGUGCAGACAUCAGACUUUCUUAUCUGAUGAUUUAAUCUCUUAGAUUGGAUUAUCUUUCAUGUUAUAAGUGAUAAUUGAUGAUUACGUUGAAAGUCAGAUUAAGGUGUAAUAUAUAAAUACAAGUGAAGUCAUCAGUGUACUAUAAGAGAAAACUCGUGAAAGUGGGGUAGCCUUGUACUCCAUCUUUCAUUGACAUAUUAUGCUUUAUUCAAAAUGCUAUUAUCCCAUUUGAGUACAAAAGGAAGCUUAAAAUGGUACUAUUUUCACAGCUAUCUAAUUGAGAUCACUGUGUACUGAGCAUAUGGUAAUGUUUGUUUGAAAAGAGUACAAUUGAUUAAUUAUGAAGUCCAACAUGCAUACAUAAUUGAUGUAGCCUGAUCAACAUAUACACUGUUCUUACUUUUUUGAACUUUACGUGCUCUCACUCUCACACACUUGCAUGCUGUCCUCUCAUUUCAAACGGAAGCUAUAGGAGUAAUGGGGAUUUUCGAAAUGACUCCAAGUGUCUUGAUGAGCAAUAUAUUAUUUUAUUUGCCAUUUAACGCUGCUGCUCUUGAACUUUUUUCUCCUAACAUGUGUUGCUUUUUGCGGACGAUCUGACCAAGGAAGUGUUGAACGACUCGGGGAAAUCAAUCCCAAGAACGCUUCUCUCACCUGUACACAUCCAUGCACUCAUAUUUAAGCUUUCUGCAUAAUUGCUAUUUUCAGAAUGUCAGAUUUAAGCUGAGUGAAACCAAGACAUGCGUAUGAUGCAAAAGGAUCGCAACGGUUCGGCCUAACAGCCAUAAUA